AUGCCUACAAGUUCAGGCUCUCCCUCCCGCUUCUACAAUUCUCCUGAAGCUCCACAGCUGCAGCAGCAUCAAGUUAAAAGUUCGUCAAGUUCAUCAAUUUUCGUUAACUCCAAGUAUACGGACAACAAUUAUCAUCACGUUCAUCAUCAUCAACAAAUAAGAAAUCGCGAUCAAAAUUCACCAAUUCCUCAUUAUAUCAAACAAAAACAAACUCGUUCACCUCGAUUAACACACAGUAGAAUCGAAAAAGUUGAUACGUAUGAUUCACCUGAUUCACAAGGGCAUUCUUAUGCAACACAUACAGAUACAACAGAACGAUCAAAUAAGAAAAGAAAACAAAGUGUUAAUGAUGCACCAAUGGAAAUUUAUGAUGAUUCACCAGCUUAUCAUCAAUCACGUUCACAUGAUGAUUAUAUUCAAUCAAAUACAUCGUUGUCUAUUUUACAACCAAAUACAAAUUCAGAUACAAAUUCAAAUAUAAAUUCAAGUACAUCUGCAAUUACAAAUGAAGCACAACGUUUUGCAACAUCUCGUUAUCCAUUUCCUCCUUUUAUUCUUAAAUUCAAUGUUGGAAAAAUAAAUGAUAAAGCAGUUAUUGAAGAAUUAUUAAAUUACAGUAAAAUAAAUUAUUCUUUUGAUCUCGAUUUAGUUGGAUUUAGAACGUCGUCAAUUAGAUGUAAUACUAAUGAAUGUAAUCUCUUGAUUUUUGUUAAAAAUAGUUCAUCUUUUUCUUUUCUUUAUUCGGACAUUAAAUGGCCUGAUCGCUUAUGCAAUGAAACAUGUACCAUCGAUAAACAACCAUCAAUUCCACCACAACUUGCGGUGGUUAUUACAAAUGUUAGUUAUAAAAUUGAUUUUACUGAUUUUGAAAAAGAAUUAAGAAACAAUUAUGCUAAUGUGCUUAAAGUUAUUCGAUUAAAAAAUAAAAAUCAAUAUGAUACUAAAAUUGUCAAAGUCGAAUUUAGCUCUUCAAAAACACGCGAUGAAAUUUUAUCCAAUGGUCAGAUGGUCAUUAACUAUGUUAAAUAUGAUGUUAAAGAAUAUUUACCACAAGCAACUGUUCUUAUUUGUACAAAAUGUUAUGGUGUAGGGCAUUUUCGCAAGCAAUGCAAGCAAUCAGAUGAUACAUGUAAAGUUUGUAGUGAACGUUGUCCUGAUAUUAAUAAACAUAAUUGUUCUGGUAUUGCCAGAUGUUUACAUUGUGGUGGUGAUCAUUAUUCAAACGAUAUGAAAUGUAAGGUGGUCAAGCAAUACAGAGCUGAUUUAACCAAAAUCCUCUUAUCAUCUUCCAACAAGUCAUUCAAUAAUAAUAUGUUCAAUAAUAUGUUCACCUCAACAUCUGAAUUUCCUCCUUUACCACGUCCAACUAAACCAACUAUUAAUGGUUACAAGAUGCUAGUAGGUGAACAAAAUGGAAUUAUGACUAAACUGGACCAGAUACUUAAUUCAAUCAAUAACAUUAAUGAUACUAUUGGUGACCUUGUUAAACGUACUGAACAAAUUGAAGAUUGGAUAAAUGCCAAACAAAAAUUCGACUUGAAAAUCAACAAUGGAAUUAGAUCUUUACAACAUGGAAUUUCACGUCACGAUGGUGUAUUAUUUAAUCAAACAAAUGUUAUAGAAAAACUAAUUCUCCCGGCUAUGGAUGAUAUUAUGUCAAUGUUAUCGGCGAUGAACGUCAAAGAUGGUAGGGCUUUAAAUGUGGAUUUCGAAUCGAGAGGUGGUGUUUGGAAGAACCAACUCCAAGCCUACCGUGAAAAAAGACUACAUUUUUAA